AUAUAAAUAAAUACUCAAAGUGUAUCCAUCAAGCACAACGAAUUUCGGGAGUUUACAUUCAUCAGCUCUGGCCUACUGCGGAAGACGGUGGAUAUUGUACAGUCUACCGGACAAUACAAUAGGCAAUUAUACAAUAAGUUGCAUCAUAAAUUCUACUGACAAUUCCCUACGAGGUUAUUUUUAUUUUGCUUUCACGUAUAACCAUACCUAAAAAUCAAAAUGACGAGUGAAAAUGAUAUUGGUGAAAUGGCUGAACUGUCAAAAAAUGCAUCUAAUAAUUAUUCCCAAAAAUUUGCGGAUUCAUUAAAAGCUGAUAGUGGUAUUGGCACAACAUAUUUCACUACAUCUUCUGGAUCUUCAUCAAACAAUACCAGUCCAGAAUCGGACAAGGAAUUAUUACUUCUAAAAAAUGGAAAGACACCAAAACAGUUGCCCAAAUCGAAAAUUGAUGCCACAUCAACACCAGCAACACAAAUUAAACGCUAUAAACCGGAAAAUGUGAAAUUUCAAAGGCAGCUGAAAACAAGAGAUGGGAUUAAUGACAGUACAUUAUGCUGUAAUACAUCACUGAAUCUGACAGAUGACCUGAGUACAGUAAAUAUGUCACCCUCGUCAUCGAGGAUAUUUAACACCAAUGAACAAGAUAAACAGUGUCCGGCAAAAAAUUUACAGUUGGAAUCGGCUUCUUAUACACCGCCUCCAUCUGACCAAAAAGAGGAGACUAAAACCGUUAAAACUAGAAAGCAGUCUACCGUCUCGAUGAAAUUAAAUCUACGAAUAGCCGAUUUAAUUGAUACAUCAGAGAAAAAUGAAUUUAAAAUGUCUAUUCCACCGAAUACAACAUCAAAUGACAUGGGAGUGGUGAUGGGUGGAAGAAGACGACAACGGCGUAUGCAUACAUGUGAACACUGUGAUAAGCAAUUCGAUCGACCGUCUCUGCUAAAACGUCAUACACUGACACAUACAGGUGAGCGCCCAUUUGAAUGCAAAUAUUGUUCGAAGGGAUUUUCUACACGAAGUGGUGUGAAUACACACGAAAGAACACAUACAGGACAACGACCAUAUGUUUGUCGUAUAUGUGGAAGGCGUUUCGCAGCUGGUUCGAACCUAAUAUUUCAUAAAUAUACACACACAAAUACACGAAGGCAUGUUUGUAGUCAGUGUCCCAAAGCAUUUGUCACACCAGGCGAUUUAAGAAAACAUGAGUAUACACACAACGGUGAAUGGCCUUUCCGCUGCCAAUUAUGUGACCGUGGUUUCGCAACGGAACGUAAUUUAAAGUCCCAUGAAGUCACUCAUACAGGUCGAAAACCGCAUACAUGCGCUGUGUGCGGCAAAGGUUAUGCCCAAGAAAGUUCAAUGAAAACACAUAUGCGUACCCAUCAAAAAGAAAAUCACGUUACACCAAAAAGUAAAAGAACUUCAGAAACUCAUUUACAAAACAAAAAUCUAUCGAGAAAUGUCAGAGCAAAAUUUUCAGAGGAAAGUGGUGUAAUAAACUGUUCCAGAAACGAAAAUGUAGUUGCUGCACCUGAUGCAUACCAGUCGUUUAAAACAUCAGCACCACAAACUCAGAUCUACUCAGAGCAGUAUACCUCUGCAUUCUCUGCACCCAAACGUCGGACAAAUCAAAUUCAAGAGGCUAAUUUUCAAAAUGUGUCGACUCCUCCUAAUCAUUCUUCAAUUUAUCCAGUUCAAACCCAACUUCCAGUUGCUACAAUAUCUUCCACACUAACGUCCUACCCGGCCGAUUCACCUUCAUUGAAUCAAUUAUCUCAGCUAUAUGAAAGAUAUCAACUACUUUACAACUAUUAUAUGAAGGCGAUUAAUGUGGGCUCCACAGUGCAAAUGAAUGUUCAGAAUAUCCCCGUCAUCCCGCCUGUGCAAAACGAAACUCUUCUAACGCCAACAUGUUUAUAUCCCCCAAAUAUGAAUCCUAUUAAUCAACCGUUCAUGUGCGAAUCCAACUUAUCAGCGCUACCUCAACAGUCUCCUCAUGCUUCGUUAGUGAAUCAAUCUGAUCUAAUGAAUAUUUCUCAUUAUAAUUCUACGUGGUCACCUAACUCAAUCAAUCUAUACCAUCAUAACGCCGAGAUUAGCAGUACUUUCUUCAAUCAUAAUGCAUAUACCGAUUCACAGUUCACUGUCACUAAACCAACGUAUUCAGAUAUGAAUAUCACUAGUAUUAUAAAUAACCAUAGUAAUAAUAAUAUUAUUAAUAAUCAUACACCAAAUGAUAUAAACAUGAUAGAUAUUCAGGCUUUAGAUUAUUCCACAAAGGCGUUAUCAAAAAUGGAUAAGUUAUCCGAUUGAAACUUGAGCUAGAAGUCAUUUAAUUUACUAUCUAAUUUAUUUCUCUGGCAGCGUAUCUGUGAUAACAAAAUAUACACCAUAAACUUGAACAAUUUAAAUGACUGUAAA